CUCCUACCGACAGCAAUUUACAGCUCUGAUACACGCUUAAAUCCUACAUUUACAACGGAAACAGCCAACGUAUUAAUGAAACUUCCUAAACUUUUCUCAUAGACAAUUUUCUUUGACUCGUGAUACUGAGAAGACUGAGAUGAUGUUACUUUUUGGAAAACACCAAAAAGAGACAUUUGCUUUGAUUCACGAUGCGGAGCAGGCAGAGGUUACUAUUAUCAACAAAAGACAUAAAAUGGUUCAUGCUGGAAUAACUGAUAAAUCAAAAGGAAAUUUGUUUGAGUAUAAAAUCAUCAGUACAUUGUCAAGUUGGAUGAAAAGAGCUCUUGUUAACAUUUUUUGGACACAUAUGUAGGGAAGAUGUAAUGUGUUCUCCCGUCCUUUGGGGGGAGCUGUGUGUUGUUUCUCAUUAGGGGAGUGAGCCCUCCUUUUCACCCACAGUUCUAUUUCCUUUGUGAAAAGGCUGUCACCAGUCUGUUCUGCUGUGAGAGUGACUGUGUGGAGAAAGGAGCCUAAUAAAAGAAAGCUGCUCUGUUUGACUCAACGAUUUUGGUGUCCUCCUCAUUCACCCCUCACCUCAACACAACGCAGAGACAUUUGGGGGAGCACACCGACGAAGAGGGUUACAUCUUUGGUGCCGUGACCCGGAUCGUUGGUUUUCAUGUCAACGGAAGCUGUCACCAGUCUGUUCUGCUGUGAGAGUGACUGUGUGGAGAAAGGAGCCUAAUAAAAGAAAGCUGCUCUGUUUGACUCAACGAUUUUGGUGUCCUCCUCAUUCACCCCUCACCUCAACACAACGCAGAGACAUUUGGGGGAGCACACCGACGAAGAGGGUUACACAUAUAACAGACAUGGCUCCUUUCGGAUCUGUGAGACCACGCCAAUGUUGAUGUGGACCAACAAAUUCUCACACAGCUCUCUGUAAUGACACGCUGAGUCCUUCAAGUUUCGCGGAGUCCCCUGACGGAGAAGUUCAGGUGCAUGAUUGAUGACUGUGAAGAUGGCAGACUGAAAAAAGGCAUAGAGUUGGAAGCAGCUAUUCUGCUCUUGCCUGCUCUGUUCAAGGAGGACCCGGGGUUGCUGUUGGGAGUUGAGGGCCAUUCUCAGACCAGCCCAUCCCAACACCUAAGAUGAAGCUUAAAGGCUGUAGGGAGGGUCAUCUCGUGCAGUAUGAUCACAUUGUGCUCACGUUGGAUGGACAGUUAAUCACAGAGGAGAGCGAGGACAUCUCGACGGGACUGGGACUCCUGUGUGUAUUUUGUGUUUGGAAUCCAGUAUCCUAAAGCAGCGGUUCUCAAUUCCAGUCCUGCCGACCUGCCCCCACAUGUUUGCAUGUCUCACUUAUUUAACACACCUGAUUCAGAUCGUGAGCUCGUUAGAAAAGAGCUCCAUGAAUGAACUGUGCUCUGACUGACAUGGUCCCACAGUGUCCCUACCCGGAACAUUCAUUCACAGAUUUACACUACUUCCUGUCACUGCAAACAGAUGCUGAGUAUUUGGACCCUCCUUGCAACUGCUGUUUGUGCAGUGUCAGUCUCUGCAAUAUCUCAGAGGCUUGUAAUCCACGGCCAUCAGUUUACUCUGGAUCUUCCUGAGAGGACAAAGAGGUUGGAGUUUGUUAGUGCUGAUGAGCAUGAAGAACUUACUAUCUGGGAAAGACAGCACAAAAGCUUUUCUUUCCGGCUAAGUAAACCCAGUAAAGGUGAAGUGAGCAACACCACAAAGGGCUGGACGUUCAGAAUCAGACAUGUUACGUUUGACGAUCAGGGAAACUACACCCUGUACAACUUUGAUUUAACUAUCUCCAGUUAUAUAGUGAAGGUCCAGACCAGAAGAAGAGUCAUUGAUCGUAUCGCAGGUGAAACUCUGAACAUAUCUCUGGCAGGACUCAAGCAGAGUGAUGCCACACUUCACUUUUACAGGAAUUAUUCAUCUGUCACUCUGGUGGAGAAUGGAGUUCCUGUGGGACGGAACCACCCAGACUACAUCAACCGGCUUAAAGUGAACAGCGAAACCAUUCAGAUUCUCCAUGUAAAUGUAUCAGAUUUAGGCAGAUACGAGCUCACUGAUCUCAAAAGAAGAGUCGUCUUAAACAAUACAAUGAAACUAGUUGAUAAAUAUAAAUAUAACUUUAAGCCUAAAAAACGUCUCCUAGCUCUGCUGCUGCUUGGGAUUCCUGGAGCAAUCUGGUACCGCUACAGAAAGAGAAUCUGCAAAAGCUGCCGGACAUCUAAAUCACACACACAAACAGAGCAGUCCAACACCGAACCAGUGUCUAUACCUUGCAGCAACACUGUGACUGUUCCUGUUGGUCCUGUAGGUCCUGGGGACCCUGGCCAGGGCUACUUCGCUGGUUAUCCACCUCAUCCAGAUCAAGGUCAGAUUCAUUAUCCUUAUCCACCAGAGUCGAGUGGACAACCUGCUGUUCCUCCUAACCCUGGCUUUUAUCCUGUGUAUGUGCCUCAAAACCCUGUCUAUCCUCCUGACUUUGGACCUGGACUUCCCCCUGCUCAGCCGCCCCAGUGGAAUGCCCCUCCACCCCAGUAUAACCCUUCUGCACCUGUGAACUAUACGCCAGUAAUGAACAGAGCUCCUCCUGGGCCUGAACCCACAGGGAUGAAUAUGAAUGAAUUGCCGCCAACUGCCCCACUGCUCACACCUCAGCCUGCGUCGCAGCCAGCUGUUAUGAGCAGCAUUUCCACGGAUGUCCUUAACUCCAGUGACUCUGGUGUCCAGUUUGACAUAAACAAAGGAAAGUCUUCUGGCAGCAACUUCCUGUAGUUGCUCCAAAAUCCUGAAUUAUCACUUCAAGGGAUAUAGAAACAAACACUUAGCUGUUUGCUAAGUGUUAUAUGCUACGCCCUCUUCUGAAGACGGGGUGGGAAUAUGCAGCUCAUUUGCAUUUAAAGUGAUGCACACCAAAACAGCUCUUUUGUAGUUACGCCCCAACAAUGACAUUUUCCAGAUGUUUUAAUAAAUGAUCUGUGGGGUAUUUUGAGCUGAAAUGUCACAUUCUGGGGACACCCAAGACGAAUAUUACAUCUUGUAAAUAUGGGCAUAAUAGGUGCCCUUUUAAAGUCACAUGAUAUUUGGACAAAGGAAUAAGGAUUCACCCUCUGAAUGGGCAACGCCCAUUGUUGACAGACAUGUAUAUUGAAGUACCAUAAAAACGCCAAUCAAUAUCCGUAAACACUGUCACUAUUGACAGUAGUGUAUUUACUUUUUUGUCAAUUUUUAUGCAUAUGCAGUCUCCAGAGAGGUGUAGAGUUGUGCAACAACAAAAACCUGUAACCUGAGAAAACUAAAAUAUACAAUGUUAUUUUUAUUUACCUGCUUAAACAGCAUCAUGUAAAGCCCAGGAAUCUGACACGUGUGAAAACAUUACAGGAUUUAUGGCUAAUAUAGUUAAAUACAUAUAAUGCAUGUUACUAUUAAUGCAUGUAAGUGAAUUUAAAUGUAUUAACAUAGUGCUUCAGAGAAUUUUCUCAACUAUCAUGCCAGUAGCUGCAUUUCUUUAGGGCAUUUUCAUAGUGCUGUUAGUUAGCUGCAAUAAAACAAAUGCUGCAAACAAAACAUUUAUACUUGAAUCUUGAUCAUAUGUGUAAAAUAGUGACAUUUUAUAUUAUGAUUCAUGUUGUAGUUGAACAUAGAUGCCUUAUUUUAACUGCCCUUCAUAUCUCAAUGGAUAUCGAGACAAUAAAAAGGCCUACCAUUGUUCUUUAAUAAGAUAAAAUACUGCUACCAAUUUCUGCACCAGAAUUGCAUUUACUGUUCAUAUUCUAUAUUCUCAUUUUUUUUUUAAAUUAUUUUGUCUGACAUAUAGUGCCAACUAGCAACGUCAUUUCCCUU